GUAAGUUAACGUGAGAAAAAAAAAUUGGUGUCUUCAUCGCCGCCGAAGCUUCAUUUACCGCAUAGUUAUAAUUUACAGAGCAGAGCAAGAGAACAAGAAUUGUUCCUCCAUUUUCCCACUGCGUAACUGUGAGUGAUUCCAAAGUUAAUAAAAGCGCAGAAAAAUGGAUGAUUUAUUCGGGAAGAAAAAAGAAGUGGUUCCCAUACUUGACCUCUCCCGGGCAACGGCCACCACCCGGGAAGAGUUUAAGAAAAUGUACGAAAAAGUUCCGGAUUACAAGAUCCGACCGGUAAAGGUGCGGUCCGACGAAAUUCGCUUCAAGGACAAGGAUUCGAGCUACAAAAUGCCCAAAAAGGAGCUAAAAAUGCUGCUGAAAAAUGGAGGCGACCGGGACAAGCUGUACAUCUACAUGGAUCCCAUACCGUCGGAAAUGCGGAACCUGGUCAUUAUGGAGUUGUGUAGUGUGUCUAUCGAUUGGAAAAUGUUGACACCUCAACGACCGAAAACGAAGAUCGAGGAGGAGUAUUUCAGCAAAUUGGUUGAAUUGGGAAAGCUGCAAAUCAAAACCGAGCAACGUGAUAAACGUGAGAAUCAACUAUCGUCAUCGGUGCGCAAGGUAAAGAACAAGUCCGGCAUUAUCGAGUCACGCAUUUUCACCUGCAACGAGUGUCUGGAGGAGUUUUGCAACGGUAAAGUCUGUCUGGAUUUCAACUACGACCUCUACACCCGGGUGGUACCGAAACCGCCCAUCCAGAAGACCAACUCCCAGCAGCAGAUUGCACCGACCAAGAUGCUGGCCGAUCUGAACCAGAAAAGUAUUGACAGUGGCAGCGGCAGCUCCAAGAAGGGGCGCAAGCCCGUACGGAGGAAAUCCAAAUCCAAAUCCAAAUCAACCGAAGAGGACGAUGGCAAUCAAAGUGGUGGUGGCGGGGUUACCGGAGGUAAGAAGAAAAGCAAGAAGUCAUCUAGGAGUAAGAGCAAAGAAUAGAUUGUUGAAAAUGAACCACGAGUAUCACGAAAAGUAUCCAGUAAUAUCAAGUUACCUCUUCCAGUUGCAAAUAAAUCAAUUUCUCUCUUAUUAGUCAACUUAAA